AUGCAACCACAACCUAAACUUGAACCAUACAAGAAAGUGAGAGAAGCACAAUUUCUUUUACAAGCACGAGCUUUUAGAGAAAACAACCAUGUUUUAACCAAUGAGGAGUUUGAACAAUUCAAAGCAUACUUUAUUGAAACGUUAUCUACGAAUGAAUUUUAUGCAGAAGACCCGAAAAAGGAAGAACCAGUCAAUCCAUUUGACCCAAACUCCAACGAAGCUAUUAUGCAAAUGGCAAAGGGUAAUUUGCUCAACUAUAUCCCGCAAACAUUGAUCAUGGGAUGGGUCAAUUACUUUUUCGCUGGAUUUGUCAUUAUGAAACUCCCAUUCCCAUUAACUGAUGGUUUCAAAAGCAUGUUGCAGAAUGGAAUCAUGACUCCUAACUUAAAUGUACGUUAUGUAUCAUCCAUUUCAUGGUAUUUUGUCAAUUUGUUUGGAUUACGGCCAAUAUAUUCCAUUCUCAUGGGAUCAUCUGAAGCUGAUGAAAUAAUGAAACAAGCGUCACAGCAACAACAUGGUCCAAUGCCAAACAUUGGGGGGCCAGGUGGACCCAAGGCUGAUAAAGUGUUUGCUGCUGAGGCGGAAAAUAUUCAAAUCUUGGAUCAUGAAUCGUUCUAUGAUGGGAUUAUUGAAAGAUUUAUUGAGAAAUAUGGCUCGUAG